UCAUGGAAGAAUUUUGAAAGUCUAAUCUCACUUUAUUAGAUUUAGUGUGGAAACUUGAGUAGUUAGUUCUAGAGUUACGUUUUAGUAUGCUAGAAAUUGGCUAACGGUCUGUUUACACAACAUGGAUUUUCAUAACUUGUAAUAGGAGGAAGCUAGGACAGUGCUCUGACAUCUAACGGAUCCGGGCAUAAGCAGCAAUACACUAUCUAUGUAGCACAGUGCAGUUUGCAGAUCAAUGAUUUUAUUGACAUUUAUACUGUUGCAUUAAUUAUUUUUAGAAACAUUAUUUAUAUGUGGUUGUAGCUUACUUUCCACGACUUACGCAAUGCUUGUAUCCCUGUAUCCUCGUGGGUUGUGAGUCUUCAAUGCACUUUCACUAAAAUAUAAUAUCAGCAUUGAAAGUAGAGUGACGGUCUUGUCGUAUGUAAAUUAGUGGCGGGAGAGUAGAAAGCCCGUAUAACUGGUAUGAAUGUUUGCCUUCUGUUCUUCUCUAAAAGUACCGUUGUGCAGUGACAAAGAAUUGAAGACGACAGCGAAUCGUUUUCUUGCCUGCUAAUCACGCUAGAUGGACGUAAAACCUACACGGCAAAUCGGAGAACGGAUUGCUGCUGAUUCUGAGCAGGAAAUCGAAAUCCAGCGACGAGAGCAGCUCAUCCACCGUGUAGCCGAGUACAACAAACGACAUUCGCUCGAUUUAUUUCGUCUCCACCUGAGCGACGACGCUGACAGUUACCUCGGAGCUCUCCGUUUCACGUUUCUCGAUGGCGAUCAAGAAAUGACAAAGGCCGUGCGUUUAGACAGCUCUGCAUCGACCGAUGAAGUGAUACCGCAUUUACUGGAGAAAUUCAACAGAGAACAAGGAGUUGCUACGUCCUAUCAGCUUUCGGUUGUUACUAACGGAGUUGAACGAGUACUGCUCUCUAAUGAACGACCACUUGAAGUAGCAGUUAAUUCAACUGACAGGCAAGAGCCCAAGUUUGUAUUAUGCCCAAUAGUGAAACGACAAGGAACACCUUCAGACAUUUCUCAUGACACCAUAAGCUUGACUAGUUCAAUUAGCAGUAGUAGUGCUCUAGGACAGAUCCAUGGACGAGACAGCAUGUCAAAUGUCUCGAUUUCAAGUGACCACACUGACAGAAGUAGCCAUCUUUAUCAAAGUCCAAUAAAUCAGUCUGUUGUUUUGAGAGAAAAGAGUAAGGGGAAGGUAGGUCGAUCAAGGCAUUCAGUGGAGGGUGUUAUGUCAUCCAGUGGUGGAAACAGCAAAAGGUCAUCAGUUUGGAAACCAUUUAAAUUCAGUCGAGCCAAAAGUACAUAUGAGCCAAAGACAGCAGACCAGCUUGCUCAGCAGCACAUGAGAAACAUGACACAACAUGGAAUGCUUCAAGUUUAUGGAGUUGGCAUUGCACCCAAGAGCCAUUCUCAAUACAAAAGUGUUCUUGCAACCAAGUCAUCCACAACUAUAGAUAUUGUCAAGGCUGCUCUUGAGAGAUAUAACCUAGAAAAGAGAGACGAAGAUGACUAUCUUCUUUGUGAUGUGAUAGGACAAUGGAAUGAAGAAAGUCGACCAAUUGUUAGUCCAACAUCAGACUCUGGUCUUCGAGGCAGCUUGUCACCAGAACCAACUCCAAGGACUUGGAUAACUCAUUAUUCUCGUGUAUUACAGCUAGAUGAAACCCCUAUGAUUCUUCAAACAUUGUGGAAGCCAGGCGACAGCUAUGAACGGAGAUUUGAGCUGCGUAGAAGGCCUCCGUUUGGUCGACAUUCUAUCUAUGAUGUGAUGUCUACUGUACCUGAUCACUCUCUCGGUUCUGGCUGUUACCAGCAUCCAACAUCUGUUCCUUUUUUGAUGAAUCUACGAGGCUACGAUCAGGCUAGAGAGUUUCUUAUCUACAGAUUAAUUGAAGACGUGACAGCAGUUGGUCGAGCUGAUGUUCAAGAUGGCAUUGGAUCAAAUCGCCAUAAUAUUACCCUGACUGGACCAGAUAUUCUUCCGGUUCAUUGCCUCAUUCACCAAAGAAGGCCAGAAUGUGUGGAACAUCAAACAGAGCAAGAGGCACAGACAUGGCUUGAGCCAAUGCAAAAUGCACACAUUGCAUUAAAUGGAGCUAAAAUUGAUUCUUCAAACUCCAUUUUACCUGGGGACUUACUUUCCAUUGGAAACCAUCAUUUGUUUCUUUUUAAAGAUCCUAGUCAGGCACAAGAAAUCAUGCAGGGACUACACUGGGAGAAAGCUUCUUUGUCACAGUUGGAGGACCGUGCUCAAUCUUACAUUGUGGAUGGUGUAAACAGUGGCACAAAGCCAUCUCCGGAUAUGAUACGACCUCAGACAUCAAGAAAAGUAAACACAGGUGAUGCUAGUAGUUUACACGUAACUGGCAUCAUUGCUGAUGCCGCUGGGAGACAAAGGGCAAACGAGAGACUUGCGUUUUCGUAUCAUAAUACUGAUGAAGAUGCUCUGAUAGAGCAAGUGGUUUUACAUACAGACAUAGUGUCUGUGCCAUGUAAGCUUGCGCCUGCGUAUCUGCUUGCUAUGAUGGUCGAGUAUUCGUAUAAGCAUCAUGGACUAAAAUUGACUCAAGAACUGGUUGGAAAACUAGCUGAGUUAAUACAAGAAGUAGCUUGGGAGAAGACACGAUUUUUGUCUGAAGAGACUUCACUAAAAAAUAGUCAAGUGCAUUUGGCUGUUAAUUUCCUGUUGCCCAAUAUUCAACCAGCGAUCUUUUGGAUGUCUAAUGCGGUUGAGCUUAUGCACUACUUGUGCAUCCAAUUGCCAGCACGUGCAUCCCACCAUGGUGCACUACAAUCACAGUUUACAUUGCCGUUGACAUUACGACAAUUACUUGGUAAAGAUGUCCAAGACAACAUGUCAUUACUUGAAGAAGUACUGCAGUUUGCAUUCCAACAGAUUCUGUAUCCCCUAACAAAGGUUCUCUAUUCUGUUUUGCCAUCACUGAUUGAGGGAAGUCCCUUUGACUCUGGAGUGCCAAAUGUAGCGACAAGUCGAGAUGUUGACAGUGUUCUUAAUGUCAUGCAAAGUGUAUAUGAUUUGAUGAGUGAAUAUUGCUUGAAUAGAGGCAUCAUUGCGCAGGUGUUCACGAAUUUGUUCUUCUUUAUCAAUGCAUCUCUUGUUAAUACUUUGAUGGACAAAGGAGCAGGCAUUAAGUUCUACCACUGGGUGAAAGGUGUCCAAAUUCGUGGUAGCUUGGAUCUGUUUGAUGCAUGGGCCUUGAAGAAUGGAUUGCGAAAGGAAUUUUUGCAGUACACAGCAACACUAUCAACUAUUGCUGACUUUCUAGCAACAACUAAAGAACAUUUGUUACAGAUGACUUGGAGGUCACUCCGCAAGGAAUUCCCUUCUCUGCAUCCUGCUCAACUGCAUCAUCUCUUGUCAGAUUAUCAGCUGCCGUCUGACAGCAGUCGACCAUCUCAUUGGGCUCCGUCUGAGGGUGAUUGUGAGUUGUUGAAUGAUCAAGAUUCAUUACUGGAAAAGUUUGACUCUUGUCCGCCUUUAUUCAUUCCUGCUUCUCAGUUUUGGCUUGAUCUUGACUAUUUACCUCCUGGUGAAGGGUUUCAACUGUUUGUGGAAGAAUUGCAGAAACUAUGUGUGACCAGAUCUGCAACAGAGGAAGACGUGAGUAUUGAAACACAAGAAACUUCUGUAUUGUCUUUGGAACAAAGUCUAUUGGAUGAUGACACUGUGAUCAGAGCAGGGCUUGGUGUAACGACACCACCAACAGUUCCUCAGCUGGAUUUGGAAGACAACAGUAUCACGAGUACACCACCAUUGUCUCCUCAGUCACAGACUUUGUCCCAACUAGUGGAAGAAACAAUAAUGCAGCCAAAAAAUGUUCAAAAUGGUGACGGCGCUGGGGACUUGGAGGAAGAAUGUAGUGAACUAGAAAUGAAUUUUGUCAUUGAGAAACCUAACAAAGAAGCAGAACCAGAUAAUGUACCUGUAGAAACGGAACCUCAAUCUUUGGAACCAGCAGCGGGAUAUCUACAUGACCAAAUGGUACAAGUUCCAUCUUCAAAUCCAGCAGCAGAAACUGUUUUGGUACCAGCAACAUGCCCUCCAUUGUUAUCACCACAUACAAAGCCUGUUAAUGGUCAUGUUACCUCUACCUCUCCUGUUGAGACAGGGAUGGAAGUAGUGUCUGAGGGAGAGGAAGACGAUGAAGGUGAAGUUGAAAUGAACUUGGUGUUUUCAACAGCGGUAGUCAGUGACGAAAGUGAAGAGAUCCCAGAGCCUAAUAUUAAUGUAACUUUUGAAGGUGCUUCGUUGAGACACGAGCCACUGCAGAUGAAUGGUAUGGCAUAUGUUGAUGAAAUGGUGAAAGAUCUGGAGUCUGAUUCAAACAGCAAUAGUGAUGAUGACGGCACUGAUGAAAAUGGCAGCGAGUCAGAAAAUGAUGAGGAUGACCUACGAUAUCACAGUGCUGAUACGCCUGACCGAGACACUGAUGUAGUUGCAUUGAUGGCCAAAGCAGCCCUACUUUUAGGAGAUGACAGUGAUGAUGGGAUGUCACCACCACCAGAAGACGUAUCGUGUGAGGAUCAAGAUACCGCGAAGAAGAAUCUCCCAAGUCAAUUGAAAAGCAACAAAGGCAAAAAAGCAGGAAAGAGAAAACGUGAUAUUGUUGCUACAUUGUCUACAGUGAAAGAAGAGGUAGAGACUCAAGAAGAUGAUGACUGUGAAGUGCAACAGAGCAUUGUUAUUGUGAACCUGCAACCAGACCACAAGGGUUUGGGGCUUGGCAUUGUGGAUGGCAAUACAAUGCCCAUGCCUGUUCCGGGUAUUUUCAUUAGUUCCGUCUUGCCUGAUUCUCCAGCAGCUGUGACUAGGCAGCUACAAAUAGGAGAUCAAAUUCUUGCAGUUGGCAAUCAGAGCAUGACUAAUAUCAGUGAGCAGGAUGCCAGGAUUAUUUUGAAGUCUUUCGAAGAAGCAGUAAAUCUGGUGGUUGCUAAAUCAAGAGGAGUUAAGUUAAAGAAUACAGAAUUAGCGGAGGUCUGAUCAUGAUACCCUGGUCACAUAUAGAGCUACUUACUUACCUGCAAUACAUGCUGUUAACUAUUAGAUGUUGAUCCUUUGCAUUGUCAUGUAACUUGAUAGAACGUUUCUAAAGCAAUUGCAUUUUAUAUCGACUGCAAGGUACAAACGUGAAAGCAAUUACUAUGUCACGUGAGAGAGAGCCACACUUAUACAGACGCUAUUGAAA